AUGGAUUAUAUUUCAGAAGAUGCCAUGUAACAUAUGCCAAAAAAGCCCUAAAAUGCUUAUAUGUUAUACAGAGCAGAGGUUUACGAUGAAGUAAAAAAGAAAAAUUAAGAUAAAAGCAUGACGGAAUUAACAUAAGUUAUUUCAUCAAUGUGGAAUGAUUUAGAUAAAAAAAAAAAGGAGGUAUUAUUAAAUUUCGAUUAAGAAAUAUGAAAACGAAAAAGAAAAAGCUUAAAAUUAAUAUAAAAAAGAUUAUGAGGCUUGGUUGAAGAAAUAUAAAUUAGAUGAAGACAAAGUGAAAAAUAGUUUAAAAGAAUUAAAAUAAGAAAAGAAAAAACACAAGAAAGGUUCAAAAAAGGUUACAAAAGCAUCUAAAGAUGAUGAUGAAAGUGAAGAUGAAGAUGAAUAAAAAAUUUAAUAAAUUAAGAAUAAAAACUAAAAAAAAGAUUAAAAGGAAUAAAAAGAAACUAAAGAAACUAAAGAAAAAGAGAAAUAAAAAUAAAAUCAAAAAGAAAAAGAAUAAAAGGGAAAUAAAAAAAAAUGA